AUGAAUCGUCGAUCCAGCUCGACAUCGUCACUGCAGCGCCAACAAGACUUCAACAAGUCAGUGCCAUUUGUGCCUCGAGAGGUGUUUCGUCUGGUUCUUCGUCUUGAAGCGCAGAAAGCUCUUGAUGUGAAUGUGGCAGCAUUGGAGCAGCGCUUUCGUGUUCCACCGGGAUACGCUGACGACGACUCGUUGGAUGCUCGGGGAGAAGUCAAGCAGCCGAAAGAUGUUGUCCCUGGGCCAGGAACUUACGAAGCUCCCGAGCAAUGGCCUGUUCGAGACGUGACGGCAACUCCGACAGCUGCAUUUCUUUCGAGAACGACACGAGGACACUUGCCACGUGCAUCGUCAGCUUCUUGCUCCUCAACAAGACAAAGUGCCGUGGAUGAUGCAGCUAAUGACAAGAUUGUGCGACCACAGACCGCAAACCCUGCUCUACCCUCUCUGAGCAAGAGAAGUGCUAGCUACUCGUCAAUUAACCCUCGAAGUGGGUCAGCAUUCUCCAAAGUCAGUCGAGUUCCUGACACUGAAAAGAACAAUGCACCCGAUGUCGGGAGCUACGACAUCAAGCGACUAUGGGACUCGACUACUCGUCGAACAACUCUGGGGGCACCGGCACCUGCUCCUUUCGGUGCCUCAAAAGAGAAGCGUGUGGUUACAUGGCGUCCAGCGAUAACCCCAGCAUCGUGCGCUGUAUCAGCCUCCUGGGACUCGUCUCGGCACUACGCUAAGCAAAAAGACAAAGUUAUCCGGAGUGCAGCCAAGCGAAGACUUCACAGUGCGAAGCUCCAUGCUCGACGUCUGUCAGCUCCUACGCUUCGACCUUCCACUGCAGACCCCACCAAUCAUAAUACCGAGCCAGCUUCAGAAGAUACACCGGAACGCGACGAUCCUUUCAGUUGGCUGCGACAACGACCCAACGGAGAGAACCGAGUGAACUUCCUGGCAGCCAAGCACGGACUCAUGAAUUACGUCAAGUCACCAACACGACGAUCCAAUGCACAGGAAGAUGGAGACGCAACUACGACUGAGCCAGUGAUUGUGGCCAAGCCGAAGGAUGUCAGAAUCAAGGUGAGCUGUCGGAUGCCUGGAGGGAUGCUGAUCACUGCGAGUGUCUACUCGAUGAAGAAACUUCGACACUUUAAAUCUGCAAUCCUACUGCAUCAAAAGCGUUUCCAGAGCGUGGACCAGUUCGAUCUCUACCACGUCAGCGGCAGAAAGCUCACUGGGCUCGAGGAAACAUUAACAGGAUGUGGAGUUCGUGAUCGCUCCAUGCUGCAGAUUGUGCCAGCAGUGACUGUAGCAUUGACACGACAGGAAAGCCAGAAACUCUGUAGCAUAAGAUGA